AUGCAUAUUGAGACUGCUAGCAAAGUGUCCUUAACACAGCUUUGGAUGUAUAGACUUACCCUCCUCUGUGCAAUUGUGACGGUCUCCAUUGCCUCGGCUCAGCCCCACCUCCAUCUUCUCUCCUCAGAGAUGGUCAACUUUAUAAAUAAGGCCAACACCACCUGGAAGGCUGGGCAGAACUUCCAUAAUGUUGAUAUGAGCUAUGUGAAAGGACUGUGUGGCACAAUACUGAAUGGACCCAAGCUGCCAGAGGUGCUUCACAACAUUGAAGGCAUAAACCUGCCAGACAGCUUCGACUCGCGCAAGCAGUGGCCCAACUGUCCCACAAUCCAGCAGAUCAGAGACCAGGGUUCCUGUGGGUCCUGCUGGGCCUUUGGGGCAGCUGAGGCAAUAUCUGACAGAUUAUGCAUCCACAGCAGUAGCAAGGUCUCUUUGGAAAUCUCAGCUGAAGAUCUACUGACCUGUUGUGAUGAAUGUGGCAUGGGCUGUUCUGGUGGUUUUCCCUCUGCUGCUUGGGAAUUCUGGGUAAAGAAAGGGCUUGUGACUGGAGGCCUGUAUAACUCCAAAGUAGGUUGCAGGCCCUACACCAUUGCUCCCUGUGAGCAUCAUGUGAACGGGACUCGUCCUCCAUGUCAAGGUGAACAGGACACUCCUAAGUGUGUGCAGCUCUGCAUUGAUGGAUACUCACCAUCCUACCAGAAGGACAAACACUUAGGCAGACGCUCGUACGCUGUCCCAUCCCAGCAGGAACAAAUCAUGACAGAGUUGUACAAGAAUGGGCCUGUGGAGGCAGCUUUCUCUGUCUAUUCAGAUUUCCUGCUGUAUAAGACCGGUGUGUACCAGCAUGUGACAGGGGAAAUGCUGGGCGGUCAUGCCAUCAAAAUCCUGGGCUGGGGGGAGGAGAAUGGGACACCUUACUGGCUGGCUGCAAACUCCUGGAACAGUGACUGGGGAGACAAAGGUUUCUUCAAGAUCAAGCGUGGAAACGAUGAAUGUGGUAUUGAGUCAGAGAUGGUAGCAGGAAUCCCACGCUGCACUACAGCGUCUAUUCACAGGCGCGAUCCCACUACUGAGCGGCACGGGGGCUUUAACCUGCUCCGUUUCCGACCUGGGCCGGUGCACCCCUCCUUAGACGACCUGGUAGUCCCGGGCUCCCCCGGGAGCACCAUAUCGAUACCGAACUUAGUGCGGACACCCGAUCGGCAUAGUCCGCUGCAGCUCAGAGCUCCUGAGCUCAAACGAUCCGCCAGCCUCAGCCUCCCGAGAGUAGGCCCAUCACGACUGAACACACCUUCACCAGAUCCACUUCUGAUCAUGGGUACAGUUAGGAGACCAGUGUCUGAUGGUCUGAGGACUCUGGAGGGCUGCACUACAGCGUCUAUUCACAGGCGCGAUCCCACUACUGAGCGGCACGGGGGCUUUGACCUGCUCCGUUUCCGACCUGGGCCGGUGCACCCCUCCUUAGACGACCUGGUAGUCCCGGGCUCCCCCAGGAGCACCAUAUCGAUACCGAACUUAGUGCGGACACCCGAUCGGCAUAGUCCGCUGCAGCUCAGAGCUCCUGAGCUCAAACGAUCCGCCAGCCUCAGCCUCCCGAUCUCAUCCGUAACGUUAGACGGUGGUGAUGAAGGCAGGUUGCCGCCGGGAACUAACCACACGUCUCUCUGUCAGCUGUCUGUCCCGUUGUGUCGGUCUAAUUUAACAUUAUCAUCACGUCAGAUUUGCGGCUUUAGCUUUUUUAUUACAGCUGCUUUAGGUCGUUGCCAUGCUGUUGUCACAUUUGGAGGUAUGGAGAACAUGUUGGGAGUGUGUUUCCAGACCUUACACAGUGCUCCUCUGCUCCCUCACGGCCGCACUGUACUAUCAGUGGAGCCGCAAGAGCCAGCCCUGGUUUGUAGCAAGGCUUUCAGUGUGUUCCUCCACAAGCACUGUCCUGUGGUGGCUGAGAGAUUCAGUCCCACUCCAUGGUGCUGGGGAGGCCGGUUUCAAACCCUGGUCUGUGCCCUCAUCAAGUCCAAACCUGCCGUCGCUUAUCGCACUGAGCUCAUCCGUACAGUUGAUGGUGGUCAGAUUUCUCUGGACUGGGUGGACAAUCAGGCCAGUACGGGUUACCCAGAAUCCUCGACUCGCCCCACAGUGCUGAUCCUCCCUGGCCUGACAGGGAACAGUCAGCAAUCCUACGUGCUUCAUGCUGUUUGCCAGGCCAGCCGCCACGGCUAUAGAUGUGUGGUCUUCCACAAUAGAGGGUUUGGAGGGGAAGAGUUGCUUACGCCCGUUACCUACUGCGCAGCCAAUACCUCAGAUCUUGAGCGUGUGGUGGACCAUGUCAAAGGACUUUAUCCAAAAGCUCCUGUGCUUGGUGCUGGUGUGUCUAUGGGAGGCAUGUUACUAUUAAACUACUUGGCCCGUAAGCGCACAGAGUCAGGUAUGGUGGCAGGAUUUACCAUCUCUGUCCCCUGGGAUGCGCAGAAGUCCUCUGUUUCCAUGGAAGAACCGCUCAACUGGCUGCUGUUCAACAAAUACCUCACCAGUGGCCUGUGUCGUGCUGUCAACAGGCAUAGGAAGAUUCUGGAGAAAGUGGUGGAUGUUGAUUAUGUGCUGAAGGCACGUACUAUCCGGCAGUUUGACGAACGCUUUACCUCUUUGCUGUUUGGUUAUAAAUCUUGUAUGGACUACUACCGCGAUGCCAGCCCAGGCAAAAAACUCCCCAACACAGCAAUACCCAUCUUGUGUCUCAAUGCUGCUGAUGAUCCUUUCUCCCCUCAGCAUGCCUUUCCCUUGACCACGGUCCAGGGAUUGCCUAACGUCGCUCUCGUGAUGACGGACCACGGUGGACACAUAGCCUUCAUGCAGGGUUUGUUUCCAAGCGGCGAGAGCUACAUGGAGCGCCUGUUCAGCCAGUUCGUCCACGCGGUCUUUGAACACCCGACAGACAUCAAGAAAGCUUGUUGCAUCGAGGAGGAAGAGAUGAGCUCAUCAUCUUGUAUCUGUCUUCUACGUCAACAGGAAUUUAUUCCUCCUCCUUCACUUCUAUAUUCCUCUACAUGGUGUGAUGGGAGGAGCCUCAGGUUAUAGUUAAUGAUUCAACCAGAGAUGCUGAGAUUGACAGAUAGAGGAAGAAGAGGAAAGAUUGAGGUGUGUCCAGUCUGUAGUCAGUCUGGGUUCAAGCAGGUCGCAGAAAUCGGUCACACAGCGAAUACUUCUCUGCAGCUGCAAGUGGAUAUUGUAAGCAGGCUGGACAGACACUCAUCUUCUCUUCUGAUCCAAACAAAGUCUACAGGCAUGGAGACGCAACUAGAGGACUUGAGGCAACAGCUAGACAAGCAAUGUCUGAUUAACCAGGAGCUGCAGAGGCAAAACAAAGACUUGGAGCAACGACUCCAGGAGAAAGAAAAACUUUUGCAGGAGCUGCAGGGUCAAUAUCACGAGCUUGGUAAGAGGCCCUUAUGGGCACCAGGGGCAGAGACACAAAUGAACCCGAGUUCAGGAAGAGCCGUGCAGCUGUCAUCUCUUCCGAACCAAUCCAUGAAACCCUGGACAUUGCAGGCACCGGGGUCAAGAAAACAGUCAGGUUACGAGACGAGUCUGAUCGUCAAAGCCAUCCAGAAGAAUGACUUCCUGAGCCGCCUCGAUGAUGAGCAAAUAGCCAUGAUGGUGGAUCUCUUAGUGGCAUUUGACUACAGCCCUAAGGAUGAAGUCAUUAAAGAGGGCGUUGAAGGAGACAGCAUGUAUAUAGUGGCAGAUGGUGAGCUUUCUGUCACCCAGGCAGGCCGGAACCUCCGAACCCUAAACAGUGGUGAUGUGUUUGGGGAGUUGGCCAUUCUUUACAACUGCAAACGGACAGCGACAGUCAAAGCAAUGACAAAUGUGCGUUUGUGGUGCAUGGAGCGACAGACUUACAGGACUAUCAUAACGAACAAGUCCAAGAAGAAACGGGAGCAGCUCAUGGGCUUCUUGAAGACGUCUCGUACUCUGAAGGACCUAAAUGAUGCCCAGUUAUCCAAAAUCAUUGACUCCAUGGAUGAGGUGAAGUACCAGGACAAAGAUGUUAUAGUUCGAGAAGGAUCUGAGGGAAACACAUUCUACAUCAUCCUUAAAGGAGAGGUCCUGGUGACGAAGAACGUGAACGGGCAUCAGAAGCAGAUUCGUAGGAUGGGAAAAGGGGAUCAUUUCGGGGAACAGGCCCUCAUACGCGAGGUGUUGAGAACUGCCACCUGCACUGCUGACGGCCCUGUUACCUGCUUCUCCAUAGACAAGGAGGUAUUUGAAGAGACAAUCCCCAUAGAGCACCUGGAGCUUUUUGACGACUCCAAAGUGCUGCAGGAGACAAAGGCUCCAGAAAAGUCUGGUCCUAGCUCCACUCUGAAGUUUAAGGACCUGCUCCCUGUGCUGUACCAGGAGGGUCGCCAUCAAGGAGAUCCUGUCACCCUUGGAGUUGGAGGGUUUGGCCGUGUUGAGCUAGUGAGUAUGACCACACUGGUCCAUGGGAAAUAUUAUGCCAUGAAACGAGUCGGCAAGAAGCACAUUGUGGCGAAAAGACAGGAGGAGCACAUGCUGUUUGAGAAGAAAAUCCUUAAAUCCAUCCAGUGCGACUUCAUCGUCAGGCUUCAUGCAGCUUUCAAAGACACACGAUAUAUCUACAUGGUCAUGGAGUUCUGUGUUGGUGGGGAGAUCUGGACCAAACUCAAAGAAGUAGGGCGUUUUGAUGAACCCGUUGCUAUGUUCUGCACUGCUUGUGUGGUGGAGGCCUAUGCCUACCUGCAUAAGAAGAACAUCAUGUACAGAGACCUGAAGCCUGAGAACCUGAUGCUGGAUGUGAGGGGCUACGUCAAACUGGUGGACUUUGGCUUUGCUAAAGAGAUGGUGCGUGGUGAAAAAACCUAUUCAUUUGUUGGUACUCCUGAGUACAUGGCCCCCGAGAUCAUCAAGAACCAGGGACAUGACUUUGCAGUCGACUUUUGGUCCCUUGGCGUCUUGAUCUUUGAGCUACUGGCAGGAAGCCCCCCCUUUUCAAGUUCGGAGCCUCAGAAGAUUUAUGCCAAGAUUUUGGAUGGGGUGUUCAAGUAUCCUCCUUACUUGAGCGAGGCAGCCAAGUCCAUCAUUAGUAAGCUGUGCAGACCUCGACCAGGUCAGAGGUUAGGUAACACCAAGAAUGGCAUCAAAGAUAUACGGCAUCAUAGGUGGUUCAGCAGUAUGAACUGGCACAAGCUGCGUAUGUGUCAGCUCGAUGCUCCCACAGUCCGGCUCAUACGCAAGGGCCCCUGCUAUAUCAACUUUGAUCGUUUCCCUUAUGACCUAGCUAAGGCAGAGGAGGAAUUCUCUGGUUGGGACCGUAACUUCUAACUUCUGAGGGUUAAGGAUCAAAGGCCACAGGAGUUGCCACCAUCAUCCAAAUAUGGCUCCAAACCAGAAAAAAUCUUGCCAGCUUGAAUUGGCUUUCUUAAGACUAUGAUUAACCUCAGUUUGAGCCAAAACAAGUUUAUUGAAUCUAC